GAAGGAGGGAGAGAGGGAGGGGUCUGAGCUGCUCCGGGAAACCAGAGGCUUGAUGCAGCCUCCGCCGAGUACAGUCAGGCUGUCUCCAGACCGCGAUGGCUAUGGGUCUAACGUCGAAAAAAUCCUCUUCUAGAAACAGCGGCGUGGAACGCAAGAAUCUCAUCACCGUCUGCAGGUUUUCUGUAAAGACAUUGUUGGAAAAGUACACUGCAGAGCCUAUUGAUGACUCAUCAGAGGAGUUCAUCAACUUUGCGGCAAUUUUGGAGCACAUCCUCAGUCAUCGUUUCAAAGGUCCGGGUGGUUGGUUCAGUUCAGAUGGCCAGAGGAGUUUCUGGGACUAUAUCCGUCUGGCCUGCAGUAAAGUCCACAACAACUGCAUCUGUAGCAUUGAGAGCAUUGAGAACAUUAGCACGUCGCGAGCAAAGGGACGAGCCUGGAUUCGUGUAGCUUUGAUGGAGAAGCGUUUGUCUGAAUAUGUAGCAACUGCGUUAAGAGACACUCGGACUACAAGACGAUUUUAUGAUGAUGGUGCCAUAAUGCUAAGGGAGGAGGCUACCGUUCUGACGGGGAUGCUAAUUGGACUCAGUGCCAUUGACUUCAGUUUCUGUCUAAAAGGAGAAGUUUUGGAUGGAAAGACACCUGCAGUGAUCGACUACACACCUUACCUGAAGUUCACCCAGAGCUAUGACUACCUGAGUGAUGAAGAAGACCGCCGCAGUGUGGACAGCAGUGCCAGUGAUGAGAGUGUAGCUGAGCAUCCUUACAUUCCUUUGGUCACAGACGAAGAGACCUGGAGCAACAAAUGCCGAAAGAUGGAGCAAAGAUUCAAGAUUGUCUAUGCCCAAAAGGGUUAUUUAGAGGAACUGGUCCGCUUGAGGGAAUCCCAGCUGAAAAAUGUAGAAACUGAGAACAAGAGGCUAGAUGCUAAACUAGAGGAACUACAGGUCCAGAGUCGACAAGAGAAGAAAGAGCUGGAGGCCAUUGUACUGGAGCUACAAGCACAACUCACUGGAAUAAUUCCUCGCGAGUCCUCUCAUUUGGUAAAAGGACUGUCUAUUCCAUUCAUUAACCAGUGCACAACUGCACAACCCAGCAACAGCAAAGGAAAUGUAAAGCUGUUCCGUCGGAGAAGUUUUCACAGUUUGGACCUCUCAGCUGAUGUGAGUUUGGACUCUCAGAAGGAAGACGACAAUCCGAAUGGAGACACGGUCUGGUCAGCAGCUAAAGACAACACUCCCUCUAUGCUUGGUCUAUGUGGUUCUUUGGCUUCUCUACCCAGCUGUAAAUCACUGGCAAGUCUCAAAUCCAGUGAGUAUUUGGUCAACAUCAGCACAGAGCCUAGUCCUGCCUUGUCUCCUAGCUAGGGGGCGCCAACUUCUCAGUCUCAGCUGUACUUUCCUCCAAGAAACAUCACCUCUGGCCUAGCAACAUCCUUCAAAGCAAAGAUCCCAGUGAGCUUAAAAAUCCAUGAAUGACAACCCCUCCAGCACUCUCUUAUUUUCCUGUCUUUACCUGCCAAUCUUGCCAAUUUAUUAUUCACUCUUGUCUUCCACCCUUUAGUGCAGUCUUCUUCAGCAUGUUUGUGUCCGUAACAUUCCCCAAGCCUGAUAUUACAGCCCAAAGGCACAGCAGCUUAUCUCUGUUAGUUUUGAACUCAUUAGUCCUUGAACACAAAAACUCAAGACUUCUCAGUUAUUUAUUAUACAUAAAUUCAUCUUAAUGAAUAUGAACAUACAGAGUGGCACAUCUGUUCAGGGUACCCACAGUUGAAUGUCUAAUUUAGACAUAUUACCUUUCCCAUACUUACUAAUAAAUGUUAUGAGGGAAUAAAAGAGAGACAGGAAAGAUCUGUUGUCUGUAUCUGCAUGUCAAAUGCGCUUUAUUGAGGCUGCAAAUGCCUCAGAAGACUUUAUGUACUUGCUUCUUUGACAGUUAUGUCAUGCGACUGGAAGUAACUGCAAGUGUUGUCAGCUAAAUUCAAAUCUUUUGUCAUAUUUAUCUUAUUGAUGUUGCUUCAUUUCUUCAGUUUCUGUAUGUAUACAUAAUUGUUUAUUUUUUAAUGUGGUGGCAGCGCCCUGCGGUUUUGAGUGGUAAUAAACGAUUCUUUUAUCUCAA